GGUUUCCAUUUCACAUCAUUUCGCUGACAACGGUCCACAAGAACGGUCAUGAAGCCAGGAAUCGUCUGCUCGGAGGUUAACGGUCGCCAGGAUGCGGCAGGAUCUGCAGGGGAGGAGGUGCGUCGUCGCAGGGUGGCGGUGGUCGGUGCCGGUUUGGUUGGGUCUCUGGCCGCUUUAAAUUUUGCCCGAAGGGGUAACCACGUGGACUUGUAUGAGUACCGUGAAGACAUACGCCAGGCUCUUGUGGUCUCCGGAAGGAGUAUUAACCUGGCUCUGUCCCAGCGGGGCCGUAAGGCCCUGGCUGCCGUCGGCCUAGAGCAGAAGGUCCUGGCCACCGCCAUUCCGAUGCGAGGACGAAUGCUGCACGACACCAAGGGGAACACCCGCGUGGUUAUCUAUGAUCCCUGCACCCAGCAGUGCCUGUAUUCCGUAGGUCGCAGGAAGCUAAAUGAAGUCCUAUUGGAUGCCUGCGAUGAGCUGCCGAACAUAACCUGCCACUUCAACCACAAGCUAUCCACUGUCAACCUGCGAGAGGGAACGAUGGAGUUCAGCGGUCCCCAGGCAGGAGGGGAAGCCAUCAAUACCAGCGCAGAUCUCAUCGUAGGCUGCGAUGGCGCCUUCAGCAGUGUUCGCCAGCAGCUGGUCCGCUUGCCGGGAUUCAACUAUUCCCAAAUCUAUAUUGAGACCGGCUACCUGGAGCUGUGUAUACCAGCGGCGGGAGGAGACUUCCAGAUGCCACCGAACUACCUCCACAUUUGGCCACGUGACUCCUUUAUGAUGAUAGCCCUGCCGAACCAGGACAGAUCCUUCACGGUCACCCUAUCCAUGCCCUUUGAGAUGUUUUCCAAAAUCGAAACCAAAGACCAACUUCUGGAGUUCUUCCAAGAGCACUUUAGCGAUGCCCUGCCCCUCAUCGGGGAGGAGCAGCUGGUGAAGGACUUCUUCAAGACGAAACCACAGCACCUGGUGUCCAUCAAAUGCCGUCCAUAUCACUAUGAGGACAAGGCUCUCAUACUGGGCGAUGCCGCUCACGCCAUGGUGCCCUACUAUGGCCAAGGAAUGAACGCUGGGAUGGAGGAUGUCACACUACUCACCGAGAUCCUGGACAGGCAGCUGCCCCUGGACGAAUCACUGGCCCAGUUCACCGAGAAACGCUGGCAGGAUGCUUUUGCCAUUUGCGAUCUGGCAAUGUACAACUACGUCGAGAUGAGAGACUUGACAAAACGUUGGUCCUUCCGGCUCCGGAAGGUUUUGGACACGGUGCUUUUCCGGAUUUUCCCUGCCUGGAUUCCGCUCUACAACAGUGUCUCGUUUUCCAGCAUGCCCUACAGCCAGUGCAUUGCCAACCGGAAGUGGCAGGAUCAGUUCCUGAAGCGUGUUUCCGCCGCCAGUCUUUUGGGCAUGGUUGUAACUGCAGGAGCCAUAUAUGCUCAGCGUAUUUCAUAACAUAGAAACUUUUAAAACAAUAAUCAAAAGAGAAAUUUAAGCAUUUAAUCGUUUCUUGUACAUUUUGCAUAUUUUCCACAAAAUGCCCAUAAUUAUAUGCUUUAAAUAAUACAUUCUUUGUACUCUUGUAACUUGAAAAAAGUAAUAAAAAGGAAUAUUAUCAUUUUUAUCAAAA